AUGUAACCUGAAUAGGUUGUGACAAAUAACCAAGGAUAAAGAUUUUCAACAGACAACGCAGAGUUGGUGGAAUUACGUUCGAAUUAAAAUGAAAAUAGAACUCAAGGAGCCUCAUAAGUUCUUCUUCCGAAAAUAGAGCAACAGGAGACCACUCAAUCAGUAAUUCAAUUUACUCAAGCACCAUAAUAAGCUAAUUAACAGGAACCUGAAUUGGAGGGGUUGAAUACUUAAAAUAACAAUAUUCAUGAAGGUGCAGUAACGGAUGAUAGAUUGAAUAUUGAUAAUGAAGUCCAUACGCGCAUGUCACAACAAGAAUUAAUUAACCUUAUAAAUAAAAGAUUUAAUGAAGUUAAAAGAUCCUCCACCAUUUAUAAAUAUUAUACUAAAAUAUUAUUUUAGAUACUUAUUUAUAUAUCUACAAUAUUGGAGUUAAUAUUCACUUUAUUAUAUGGGAAAUAAAAUAACAUUUCAGAUGAACCAGUUUAUGAAGGAUUAUAUUAUUUUUCAAUAGCUCUAACCGUAUUACUCCACGUAUAUGUUUGGAUUUAUACAUAUAAAUACAUGAAUGUGUAAAGACAUCACCUUUGCUGGGAUCUAUUGAAUUAUGUUUAUUAUGCUAUUAUUGGAGGAUUAAGCUACAUCAAACUGUUGCCCUUUUUUGUGUUUUACUCUAGAGAUAAGUCUAUUCAGUAGUUUUCAUUCAGUUAAAUCAACAAACAGAUAAGGAAAUCCCUCUGGGUUGUUUAAGAAAAGAAACAAACCAAUAAAUAUUUUCAGAGACUUAAUAUUCCAUCGUAUAGCUUUAAUUUCGAUGAUGAUUACUUUCCUAACAUAAUCAAUUCCCAUGCUUUUAUAUAAGGAUUUUACAAUGCUAAGGUUGGAAGAGGGAACGAUUAUAAUAACUUUAACUAUUUUCUUUUGGUAGUUAAUAUCCUUUACUACCUUACUGAACUUUAAUUUAUUGUAUUUACUACUACUUAUCGUCAAAUAACAGUGGAUAUUUAAGAGAGAUUGCACAAAAUUGGAAUUCAGAAAAUUCAAGAAACAAAAUAACUUCUUAAGGCUGAUGAAUCCUAUCUUGAAAAUGUGUAAUCAUUUUAUUUUCUGAUUGACACAAGUAAAUUCAGUGAAUACGAAAAAAGAAGAUGUAUAAUUUAAAUAAUUAAAUUUAUUUUGAGAUUAAGAUUUCUCAAAUUAAUCGCCAUUUCAAAUAUUGAUUCUUAUUAACCAAUAACAUUAUAAUAUUUGGCAAACGCAUUUGAAUGUAUAGAAUCCAAUAAAAUUAUAUUGUGUUAUAAGAAUAGUGAAAGAUUAGAUGAACUCAAUAAUACAUUCUCUCACAUUUAAGGCUGUGAAAUAGUUCACGAAGAUGCUAUAAAUUUGGGGGGUAUAUGGAAUAAUGAUCAGCAGGAAGAAACAUAAGGAGAAAUCAGAAGAACGGCUGUAUAAGUUAACACUAAUAGGCAAUCAAAUAUAAUGUCAUAAAUUACAGGACAGAGAAACAGAAGGAUUUCAACUAUUUUUUAUUUAAUGGCUCCAGAUCAAUUACGUCCAAGGUUUAUUAUGAAUGAUGCAUUAAAUAGGGAAUUAAUGAGAUUGGAAUAAGAUGAAAGAGAAAGAUUAUAAAGUGCUUGUAAUAAAAGAGAUAGUUUAGAAGAAAUUAGGCAAGAAAAUGAUUAUACAAUCUUGCAUACUCCUAAGCUUGAACUCCUUAGAGAAUAAUUAGGAUGCUUGAGAAGAUUAGCUGAUUGUUAUGAUUAUUAUGAGAGAAUUAAGACGAUGAACGUUUUCUAAGGUAUCUUAUAAACUAUUGUAUCAUUAUUGAAUUUAACCUUUCAAAUAAUGUAAUACGUUUAUUUCAUUUAAGUGGAAAAAGAUGGCUUAAUUUGGGCACUUAUUAUAUUGUAGAUUUUAAAUCCCAUUUUACAAUUAAUAUCUUUUAUUAUGUUUUAUGCUAAACUAUAUAGGAAUUCAUCUAUAUAUCAAAUGAUUUCAGCUGCUUUUCUCUUUUUCAUAUUCAAUCUUUUAAAAAUUUGGGAUUUAGUAAUAAAGAUCAUUUUUCUUUGUUUCAAUGAAGUUAUUCAAUAAACUGAAAGAAGGCUCCUUGCAAUUAAUGUUAAAGCAUAUAUUAGAUUUAAGAGUUAUGCAGCCAAAUUUAAAGGAAGUAUUGGAAUUGUUGUUUUUAAUUAUCACAAUGCUUAACUUGAUCCAAAUAGUUUAUGGGAUAUCUCUAGAGCUCCUACCUAUUAAGCUAUUAUUUGGAGAACAAGUGUUGAUGAAGCCUUAAAUAAAAUACCCCAAUUCUUUAUUUAUAUUUUAACCGUAAAUAAAGAUUAUGCUUGGGGUUUCUCAAUUGUAAGUAGUGUAAAGGAUGGUUUUUUUGCAGUGAAAGAUCUAUUGGCAGUAGUAACUAAAGAUUUCUUUGUACCUGCACUGAUAUUAAGAAAAGUGUCUGUUGAUUAAUUUUUUUAAUCAAUGUCUUAUUUGAGUUCAACCUAAUAAUCAACUCUCAUAGAAUAUCCAAAAUCAUAUGCAAUUAUUUCCAAAUUAGAUAGAUUUAUUUUAAAUAAAAGAAAAUAUAAAAUUGAUUUCACUAAAUUAGAUUAUUCUUACUUUGAAAAUUUGAGAAAGAAGAAGUUAUAAGCUCAAUUGAAAUUAGUACUAGUAAAUAUAGCAUCAAGUAUCGAAAUCGAGAAAGCAUAAGAAUUUCUAUAUUUAGGUGAAGUACUUAUUCCGAUAUUCUAAUGUUUAUAAGUGAGUGAACUCUAACAAUUGAAGUUAAAUUUUUAAUUGGAUGAAAUUGCACCAGAAAAUUUAUGGCUUAUAAAUAUUAUCCUGUUAUAUUGUCCAAAAAAUAGCCUAAAACAAUUGGAAAUACGUGUUGAAACAAGAAGGGCCAUUUAUCUUAACCUUGAGGUGGAAAGAAAAAAAUCUUUAACUGCCUUUUGUUAUUCCUACUAUUAAAUUAGAGAAAUGAUAAGAUAAAAUAGAAUACAAAAUGCUGAAACGAUAAUUAUUGAUAAAUAGUUUCUUAAAUUAGAUAGAUAUGAUUUUUCAUAAUUUUAUCUUGAAGUUGGAGGAAAUUUAGAUUUAUAAAAUUGCUAAUCUUUUUUUAAUUUGUUUACUAAUGUUCAAACUCUAGAAAUAGCACUAUAAUCAGAUAGUGCUGAUUAAACCUUUAGUUUAUAAAAAAAUAUUCAGAGUAAAAGUUUAACUCAAUUAUCCUUGAAUUUUGAAAAUAUUUAAUUAAAUACACAAGGAUAUAGUUUAUCUAAAUUAAAAGAGUUUAAAUUAACUUUAAUAAAUUGCAGAUUUGACAAAUAAGAUUUGCAAAGACUAUUACUUACAAUGAGUUAGGGACAUAUCAUUUUGAAUUUGAGAUAAGCACUUGUAAGGAACUGUGAAAGGCAAUCUAUGGAGAGGAGUAUGAUGAGAUCACAGAGAACUGGGGAACUGGGAUUUACUGAUCAAGAAUUUGAAGAUAUUGACAAAUAACUAUCAAGAAGAUAAGUUAAAAUCAGCAUUUUGUUGUGA